AAGUCACCUGAACAAGGCAUCAGAUUACCUGGGUCAGAUUUCACUAGGACAGAGGUGGGGCUGAGUCUGCCCUGGGUUUUGGCCGUGGGGCCUGGUUGAAUCAGGGAUUUCCUGGAUAGAAAAGGGGCUUUUCCUGGGGAUUCUCAUGGAUCCCCGACCCCUAGAUAUGGCCCUGUCUCCUCCGUGGGACCCUAGAUCAGAGACCCUCAACCACCCCCCUGGAGCCCCGAGGGAACUGGACUUUGCAGGGUGCACCAUCUGUCCCGCGUCUGGAGAGGAAAGAAGCAGGCCACAACAGACUCAGGAACAGGCCCAGCAACUGGGGCCAGACUCCUUGGGCCCUCUGGAGCACCUCCGGCCUAGGCUGAGGGACACUGAGCCUGUGGCUGGUCCCCCCAGGUUGCCGACACCCUCCUCCAACGAGGAACCAGCUGGGGGCCAAUGUGGGGAGCACCCCAUCUCUGGCAGGGAGGUACUGGAGGCUGAGCAGGACAGCCUGCACCUCUGCCUUUUGAGACUGGGCCUCUGGCUACAGGACCUAGAGCACGGCCUGAGGCCCUGGGCACCUGCCCAGAUCAGGAUGGCCCAGCUGCAGGCCCUACGGGCAGACCUGCAGGGGGCAGCUGAGUGCACAGAUGCACUGCUGGCGUUUGGUGAGGGGCUGGCACAGCAGACUGAGCCCCAAGCCCGGGCAUCACUGGAGCAGGUCCUGAGGGCCCUUGGUACCCACUGAGACAGGAUCUUCUGGCAGCUGUGGCGACUGCAAGCCCAGCUUGUCAGCUAUAACCUGGUCUUCGAGGAGGCCUGCACACUGGACCAGGACUUGGAGGCUGAGGAGGACUCGGAUGGGCCAGGACCUGGCGGGGCCUGGGGAGCCUGGGCACCCAGUAGUCACCCCAUUCCUGCAGAGCUGGAAUGGGACCCUGCGGGGGACGUUGGGGGCCUCGGGCCCACAGUGCGAAAGACAGUCUGGACCACAGGGGCUCCCUAUGAGCAGUGUGACCAAGGCCUUGAGGACACAUUCGUGUCAGGCCUUAGCCAUCAGAAGCACUUAGCAGGUCGGCACUCCCUGGUCCGAAAGUCUCAGGCCAAGAAGAGGCACAGUUCUCCCCGUCUCCAGGAUGGGAUGCUGGAGGUAGACCCUGGAACCGCUGCUCCUGCACCCAGGCAACCCCGGGCCUUCUUCCUCAUCCUCCUCCUCUUCUUUCUGGUGGGUGCCACGUUGCUGCUGCCCACAUCAGGGGACCUCUGCUGCUUUCCUAUCCAGCUGGCCAGGACACCGUACCUGGUGCUCAGCUACGUCAAUGGUCCCCCCCCAACCUGAGUACAUAGCCCCGACAUAAUAAAUGGUCACUGUCAAAGGAUGUGUUUUAGUCCAUUUGGCAACUCUGCAACAAGCUCAGUCUUGGAGACUGAAAGUCCUGGAGCUCCUGUCCUAUGCGAGCCUGCCUCCUGCUGUGUAAUCAGCUGUCUUCUGGCUGUGUCCCCACAGGGCAGAAGGGGCGGGGAGUUUUUUAUUGGGGUUUUUAUAGGGGCACUAAUCCCUUCCAUCCCUCCCCCUCCUGAAGGCCCACUUUCUAAUCCCAUCACAUUGAGUUAGGAUUUCAAUGUUUGAUUUUGAGGGAACACUAACGUCUCUGGCAGGGUUGUGGGCACCCCGGUGCCAGAGCCCUCAGAAAUGAGGGUGGCCUUGAUGUAUUUGACAGAUCCCUCCUGUCAGCCUGGAGCACAGAACACAGAACUGGUCAGCCCAUCUUGGGCGGGGUGUCCCCAGACCCUGAGACAGCUCCAAGCUCGGGAGGUGAGCCUAGGCAGAGUGACAGGAGUGGGGAAGUGAGGCUGGAACUGAGCUGGCUGCCACUCCAGGCCCCUGAGGUGCCACCGAGAACAUCACUUCACCAUUCCUCUCCUGCCCAUGACCUGACCGUCUUGUAAGGAGUCAACAGGGGGCUUUCUUUAAGGUGAGGCUAGGUGGGUUCCCUCCAUGGAGGCUCCUAGGAGAGAACUGCAGCUUCGACCACUCUGCCUGCCUAGAAGUUUCCAGAGGGGAAGACAUCCUUACACCCAAACCCUCCCAGGGGGUCCACUCAGGGCAUGCGUGCGGGGUGGGGUAG